GCCAGCAGAAAUAACUAGAACACAGAAAACAAAACCAUCCUCAUUUCAUUAUUUAUUUAUUUGUUUUUUUCUACAAUCAACUUAACUAUAGUACUAGUAUAGAUCUCUGUACAAAUUUUGGGAAAUUCAUCCGAUCUUUCUGACAUUGACAUUACACAAAAUUCAUUCGAUCGUAAAUCUAGGGUUUUUACUUUUUAGGACUGAAAAUAGGAGAGAGAAAAUUCUUAGUAGCGGGCAACAAUGGCGAAAAGCAGACAAAGCAGAAAGAGAGCGUCGACAUUAACGCUAGUUUUAUCAAUGUUACUAAUGUUAACUGUCGUACUUCUUUUGCUCCUUGCUCUCGGCAUUCUCUCUCUUCCUGUUACCUCUGAUGAUCAUAGACCUGCGCACGAUCUCAGCAACUUCGGUCGGAAAGUUCUAGAAAGAGGUAAGGGGAUUGGGAAGAGAGACGAACAAUGGGUGGAAAUUUUGUCGUGGGAGCCGCGAGCUUUUCUUUACCAUCAUUUUCUGUCUAAGGAGGAAUGCGAUUAUCUUAUUGACCUUGCAACACCCCAUAUGGUGAAGUCAACUGUUGUUGAUAGUAAAACUGGUCGGAGUAAGGACAGCAGGGUGCGCACUAGUUCUGGAAUGUUUCUGAGAAGAGGUCAAGACAAAAUUAUAAGGGACAUAGAGAAAAGAAUAGCAGAUUUUACCUUCAUUCCUGUAGAGCAUGGUGAGGGAUUACAAAUUCUUCACUAUGAAGAAGGUCAAAAGUACGAACCUCACUAUGAUUACUUCCUUGAUGAAUUCAAUAAAAAGAAUGGAGGCCAAAGGAUUGCCACUGUAUUAAUGUAUUUAUCAGAUGUUGAAGAGGGUGGUGAGACUGUUUUCCCAGCUGCUCCAGGGAAUUUCAGUUCCCUGCCAGGGUGGAAUGAGCGAUCUGAAUGCGGUAAAAGGGGCCUCUCUGUGAGACCAAAAAUGGGCGAUGCCUUACUCUUCUGGAGUAUGAGGCCUGAUGCAACAUUAGAUUCUUCCAGUCUGCAUGGUGGCUGCCCAGUUAUUAAAGGAAACAAGUGGUCAUCUACAAAAUGGAUGCACGUUGAGGAAUAUAGGGUCUAGGUCUGCUGCUGAGGUUAUCAUUGUGCUAUCGAUUUUGGUUUUUAUAUCUUGCAGUCCGAGAACUUGUUCAAGAGUGCCCAAGUCCCAGUGCAACUGCCUGCAUGGCUCCAACCUCCAUUACUAACUUGCACAUUAGCAAUAUAUCGAUUCUAAUGAGUAUUUCAAAAUUAUAGUACCUUAUAAUAUGAGGUAUACAUACUAUGUACUAUUCUCUUGCGUCAUCGUUCUUUCUGCAUGUGCCAUGUGGUACACAUUACGUCAAUUUUCAGGCAUAUGCACUGUUGCUUCAGUGUGAAUUACGGGUGAGAUGUAUAGAGCUUCGUGAUCUGUGUUACUGUGUUACUUUGUUGUAGGUAGCAAGGAUAUUCCAAUAAAGAGUUCCAUUUUUUUUUC